AUGUGGCAAGCAAUUGUACAAGUGGUCGUUGUGGGAGUGUCGGUAACGUUGGUAACGGCUGGAGACGAUAACGUGAUAGACUACAGGAAGCACGGGAAGGGAUUUGAUCUUUUGUGUGGACUCUUCACGAAGGCGGAAAAGGGAGCGAAAGAAAAUUACAUUGAUAAGUUAAAAGAUGAUAGUAAUUAUCAGUGGUUUAAUAAAGGUGCCAGGGAUUCAGCGGCUUUGAAAACAGAGGUGGAUAAAGUUAAAGAGUUAGAAGACGAAGUGCAGAGUCAUGAAAAUAGCGCCAGGACAGCGUUUCGGAAAGCAGCGUAUGGGGAUGACAUCGAAACCGAGAAUGCGGACAAAACUUUUGGAUCCCGUGGGGAAAACCAACCCUGCAAUGAAACAAGCCGUUCAACAACAAUACCGAAAGAAAUUGUAUGCCUUUGCAGCUCUGCAAGUGGAGCCACUGAAAGCUGCUUUGUUGCGGGAACUGCUCAAAAUCAGAGGGAGCAUCAAACACCGGAAGACCGUCUGCAGUUAUGGAAGGAACUUAAAGGUAGGUGUACAGUAGGAUCUGGUAGCGUUGAGGUUACUGUUAAGGCUAUAAAACAGGACUUGGAGGAUUUGCGAAAUUGGUAUUCAGAUGGCCAAAACAACGGAUCUCCACAGCCGCCACCAGCACCACCACAACCUCCGUUCCCACCACACGGCGUUCCCCCACCGCCAAGAGUUGAGGAGGAACCUGAUCCACUUGCUUCAAAGCCGUGGGUUGAGCAGUUGAAUCAGGCGAUGGGUCACAUGAAUAAAAGAGAUGCAGCUCUUCAAAAGUUGAGAGAGAAAGUUAAAAAGUUAAAGGGAACUUACGGUAAAGCGAAAAAUGAAGAGGAAGUAAAAGCAUUAAAGGAAUCUGGAGCUGGAGCUGAAGGCGCGCAACCCUCGAGAACAGCACCCCAAACUGCAGCACGAAAGGAUUCCGAUGCUCAACCCACACAAACACAAAAACAGAAUAUUGCAUCAUUUCCCUCACUCAAAAUUACGUUACUAUCAGUAUCCCUCUGUUUUAUCUGA